CCCAAAAUUACGGCAACCAAAAUUACACCUACAAUACCACCUGAUUUUGACAUUACACAUAUCUGUUUUGUUUACUAUAUGUUUACUAUUCUUUAAAAGGCAUUUUUAAUGUUUAAUCGUGAAUAAAAUUUAUAUCAAAACCUAUCUAAAAGUUUUUUUUUAUAAUAUAUUGAAAUAUGUUAAUUAUUACCGGUUAGUCUUUUUUGGAAUAUAUUCUUAAAGACUGAAAAUGAAUCUGGCUGAUUCUGAUAGUGAUGAUGAAUUACCUCCAGGAUGGGAAGAAAGGGUAACAGCAGGAGGAUAUGUUUACUAUGCCAAUCAUUUGACCAAAAAUACCCAGUGGACUCAUCCUAGAACAGGAAAGAAAAAGAAAGUUGCUGGCAAUUUACCAUUUGGUUGGGAAAGGAUAGUUACCCAAACAGGCCAAAUAAUUUAUGUCAAUCAUGAAACUGAGCGGACCACUUAUACCGAUCCUAGGUUAGCAUUUGCUGUAGAAGAAAAAGAACAUGCUACCGACUUUAGACAACGAUUUGAUGCAUCAAGUACUGCCUUGCAAAUUUUACAUGGAAGAGAUUUGAGUGGCAAGGUUGCUGUUAUUACUGGGGCUAAUACAGGUAUUGGUUUUGAAACAGCUAGAUCAUUGGCCAAACAUGGAUGUACUGUUAUAUUUGCCUGUAGAAAUCUUGCUGCAGCUGAAGAAAGUAUAGAUAAGAUUAGAUCCGAAGAGAGACUUAAUAUUGCAGAUAAUUGCAUUGCCAUACAUCUUGAUCUUUCAUCAUUAGCCUCAGUUGUCCAGUUUGGUAAUACAAUAAAAAGCCGAUACCAUAAGGUUGAUAUUAUUAUAUUAAAUGCAGGAGUUUUUGGAUUGCCAUAUACAAAGACACUGGAUGGUUUUGAAAUGACUUUCCAAGUAAACCAUUUAUCUCACUUUUAUCUGACACUUCUUCUAGAGCCAUUAUUUGUCCAGGGAUCAAGAAUUGUUAUAGUUUCUUCAGAGUCUCAUAGGUUUGCCAAUUUAACAUCUGCUAGUAUAGAUCCUUUAACACUGUCUCCAGAAACAUGGCGCCAUUACUGGAAUAUGACAGCCUAUAACAAUUCAAAGCUGUGUAACGUUUUGUUUGCUAGGCAGUUAGCAAAAAAUUUACAGGGAAAAGGUGUAUCUGUAUUUAGUUUGCAUCCAGGAAAUAUGGUAUCAACAGGCUUAAGCAGGCAUUGGUGGUUGUAUAGGCUUCUUUUUGCUUUUGAAGUGCAAGCGACAUCUGUGCAAGAGAAGCAAAACCUCCCAAAAAACCUCGAUACAAAGAAAGAGGGACACAAUAGAACUGUAGAGCUGAGGCCGCAGUGCAAGCAAGUUACCUGGAGGGUAGUGGGUAUCGAGGCGCCAAGCGACCCUCCAAGUAACCCGCGAGGGAUUUAUUUUAACAACUGCUGUCCUUGCCAAGAGAGUGAGAUGGCGAAAAACGAUGAGAUGGCUUUGCUUUUAUGGAACACAAGCAUUGACAUGAUACAAAGCGUUCUUGGAAAUAAUGCUCCAGGUUUAGAGGAAAAACGACUAGGUAACAAAAUACUUUCUAGUAGUGCUCAAGGGUAUUAAAACGAAUAUUAUACAAUGAAAAAGUAUUAAUGUGAUUUUUUUAAUUAUGUAGUGUUAAGGUAAAAGAAUAUCAUUUUUUGUAUUUAAACAGAUGUAUGUAUACAUGUAAAUAGAAUAGAUAUUUUAA